AUCGGUUUCUCACUUUCUCAAUAAAUUAAGCAUUACCCAUUUGCCAAUUCUCUCAAAAUUCAUUACCUACCCAUUUCUCUCUUGUUUCCUCCACCGCGUCCACCGUCCCCGCCGCCGCCACCACCAAUUAAAGCCAAAACCGCCCAAAUGAAAGAGUAUUGGACUUCUUUAGCCUCUCUUCUUGGUGUAUUGGCUUUCUUCCAGAGUCUUCUUCAUGUUUUAUUUCCUCCAGAGCUUCGUUUUGCCGCUCUAAAACUCUUUAACCGAAUCUUUAGUACUUUCUCGUCUUAUUGUUACUUUGAUAUAACAGAAAUAGACGGCGUCAACACAAACGAGCUUUAUAACGCCGUUCAACUUUAUUUAAGCUCCUCUCUUUCAAUCUCCGGUAGCCGGUUAUCUCUGACCAGAGCUCUGAACUCGAGCGCCAUUACUUUUGGGUUGACGAAUAAUGACUCCAUUUUCGAUACAUUUAACGGCGUUACUGUUCAUUGGGAGCAUGUAGUAACUCAACGACAAGCGCAAACAUUUUCAUGGCGGCCAUUACCAGAAGAGAAAAGAGGGUUUACACUUCGAAUCAAGAAAAAGGACAAAUCUUUGGUUCUUGAUUCAUAUCUCGAUUACAUUAUGGAAAAGGCAAAUGAUAUUCGAAGAAGAAAUCAGGAUCGGUUAUUGUAUACAAAUUCAAGAGGUGGGUCUUUGGAUUCAAGAGGACAUCCAUGGGAAUCUGUUCCUUUCAAGCAUCCAAGUACUUUUGAGACUUUGGCUUUGGACCCAUUGAAGAAAGAAGAAAUUAUGGAAGAUUUGAAAGAUUUUGCAAAUGGGCAAGGUUUUUAUCAAAAGACAGGAAGAGCAUGGAAGAGAGGGUAUUUGCUAUAUGGACCACCUGGUACUGGAAAAUCAAGUAUGAUUGCUGCCAUGGCUAAUUUUCUUGGUUAUGAUAUUUAUGAUCUUGAAUUAACUGAAGUGCAUACUAAUUCUGAGCUUAGAAAACUUUUGAUGAAAACUAUUUCUAAAUCUAUAAUUGUUAUUGAGGAUAUUGAUUGUUCUAUUAAUUUGAGUAACAGAAAGAAAAUAAAUAACAAUAAUGGUGGGUCCAUGGGCAGAAGUUAUUACGAGUCAGAAUUAAGAUCUGGUGGUGGUGGUGCUGGAGGUGGCGGUGCUGGUGGAGGUGAAGAUGGUGGAAAUUCAAUAACUUUAUCUGGGUUAUUGAAUUUUACUGAUGGGUUAUGGUCAUGUUGUGGAAGUGAAAGGAUUUUUGUGUUUACAACAAACCACAUUGAGAAACUUGACCCUGCAUUGCUUAGAAGUGGAAGAAUGGACAUGCAUAUUUAUAUGAGUUACUGUUCAUUUCCUGCGUUGAAAAUUUUGUUGAAAAAUUAUUUGGGAGUGGAAGAAAGUGAUUUGGAAGACGGGGUUUUGAAGGAGUUGGAACAGGUAAUUGAUGGAGCUGAAAUGACCCCAGCUGAUGUCAGUGAAGUUUUGAUCAAGAAUAGGAGGGACAAGAACAGGGCUGUUAGGGAAUUGGUAGGAAUUUUGAAGGAAAAAGCAGAAAGGAAAGUCAAGAAUGGAAAUGGGAUUAGGGAAAAUAAUAAUUUGAAUGAUUUUGAAGAGGAAGAGCAAGAGAAAAGAGCUUUAGAGAGUCCUAAAGAAGGUUCUGAUUAUGAGCAAGAGAAUUGCAAGAAAGGAGAAGAUGAUGAAGAGAAGAUAAAGUAAUUAAAGAAAUUGAGGGUUUUCUAUAGCUCUUUUUUUUUCCUCUUAAUUAAAUCUUUUUUUUGUGUUGAAAGAUAAAGAUGCAAAAAGAAAGAUUGGUUCUUGGGGACUUGGGGGAGUAUUGAAUCUUGAAAAUUUUGGUGGUGGUGGUGGUGGUGUUGGUGUUGGGGGAUGCAAGCUUGGAGGGAAGUGAAGUCAAACUGUAAUGGAUAACAUUAGGUCUUCAAAUUUUCUUAAUGUUUAAUAUUAAUAUUAUCAUAUAAUAUAUAUAUUAUUAUUUAUCUAAUGUUAGUUAAAAUAAUGUAAGGAGCAUUAUAUGAUCAACAGAUAAGCUUAUUUGCAUGUGGUGUGGUUGGCCAUGUGGGAUUUUCUUAAAUGCUACUUUAGGGGCUCUAUAGAAUGACCUAACGAUGCUACUACCCCAACAAUAUCCUAUUGAGCCAGUGUCCUAAUUUUCAUGUUAAUUUUGCAGUUACGCACUAAUUGUAUAAUUUAGGGAUAUAAAUGGAUUUUUCAUUGUUGUA